CCAAGCCCGGCGCUAACCGAGUAGGCGAUUCCACUUCGUCACUUCACAAAAGACUUCCAAAUUCACUGCAGCACACACCGCAAAAUGAAAAUGUUAAGUACAUCCUGGCUGGGGGGAGACGGAAGCCUCUGAGCUCAAUCAAAGGUUUGCAAUAAAAGGAUUCAUUUAAAAAAAAAAAAAAAAAGGACAGAUGGGAUUAGGAAAUGUUGCAGUGGAGACGGGCAUGAGAUGAGCUCACACAGGCAGCCUGUCUUUUGUGGACCGGCACAAUGAUCGGAGAGCCAGACUGAAUCAGGAAACCUCGGGACUCCAGAGAGCAGCCACCAGUCUCUUGGAACUUGGGAGACAGAAGGCUGCGACGAUGCAUCAAAUCUACAGCUGCAGUGAUGAAAACAUAGAAGUUUUCACCACGGUGAUUCCUUCCAAGGUGUCCAGUCCAGCCAGGAGAAGAGUCAAAAGCUCUCAACACCUCUUGACCAAGAAUGUGGUGAUCGAGUCGGAUCUGUUCCCGCCGCGGCCCCUCGAGCUGCUGCCGCACCGCAGCGAGCGCCGGGACGCGGGCGACGGCCGCCGGCUCGGCCGGCUGCAGACGGCGCGGCCGCCCGGGACGCAGCCCGCCAAAAACCCCGCCAGACCCGUGGGGAUUUCUGAAUCGAAAGCAUCGAAUCUGUGUGGGAAUCGAGCAUAUGGAAAAUCGCUGAUUCCUCCAGUGGCCCGAUUCUCUGUGAAGGCUCCAGCUGGGGUGGAGGCAGCAGCCACAGGUCCAGAAAACAGAGCUGUUCUUGGGAGAGGAUCCCGACACCUGAAGAAGAUAGCCGAAGAGUACCCAGCCCUUCCCCAGGGAGCAGAGGCCUCCCUGCCACUGACAGGCAGUGCUUCCUGUGGCGUCCCUGGAAUUCUCCGGAAAAUGUGGGCCAGGCACAAGAAGAAGUCUGACUAUGUGGGAGCCACCAACAGUGCCUUUGAGGCCGACUAAAGGGGUGGCCCUUCCCGGUGCCUCACAUGAGCUGAGGUUUACAGGAUGAGGGAAGAGAACUUGAGGAUUGGAGCUGAGCCACCCUUCCCUUUGCUGGUAGCUGAUCCAGACACAUCCCCCUCCCUCAUUAGCCAACACCCUGAAAGUCAUGGGAGGUUAGAAAGGUUAUUUUCCUGGCCCAUCUGAAAAGCCUCCAAGGAAGGAAGAAGGCAGUUGCUCUGUAGGUCCUGUGACGGUUUCUAAAACGUAUGAUUUCUGGUGCAAAUGUAAAAGCUUGGUUUUGAGGCCCUGGUGAACACAGUGGUUCUUGCUUUCCCCACUUCAUUUUGUCUCACCCUUUGAAGUACAAGAGCGCUGCGUGUUACUUCACAGUUCUGAUGUCUACUCUGCAGCACCAUCACAGCCUGCCUUGAUGGCUGUUUGGCAUGAUUGCAUGUGUUCUCUCUUCUUUUAUGUGCAGUUUUUCUACCGAAAAAUAUCUAAAAAUUAACUGUUACUUUUAAUGUCCUUAUGAAGUGGCACCAUUAACUCGCUUUGGCAAAAUGAAUCUAAAAGUGCUUUCCCAUGCAUUCUCUCUUAUUGUCACAAAACUCCUGUUGAAGAAAGCACAAUUAUUCCCAAUCUAUAGAUGGGAAAAUUGAGGUCUCCAGAUGUUCUGUGACUGACCGUCAGGUAGCAAGACUGGUCAUCAGGUUCUCAACUUCUCUCUAGCAAAUUCCCUCUGUGCUGCUUCUAACAACUGAUUUAAGGAAGUUUUUAAAAAUGGCAGGGCAAACUUUGGAGGGUAGAAUUUGAUAAAGUUGGAACAAGUGAUUCCGAUGAAAUACAUCAUUAUGAAGUGAAUGAGUUAAGUUGGGUGUGAUUGCAAAAGGCCUGUAAUCCCAGCUACUGAAGAGGUUGAGACAGGAAGAUCACACAUCUGACUCCCACCUGGGCAUCUUAGCAAGCCCCUGUCUUAGAAACAAAACAAACAAAACAAAACAAAAAGUAUGUAUUAGAUUAAACCAGAAGAAAUUGCCAGCCUAAUGUAAGUCUGCUUUCCUCCUCUCAGUGGUAAUGCCUUCAGUUCCAUGCUCAACGUUGGUAGCCUUAAAAUAAUCAUAUGAUAAGUAAUGGGAAUUGGGGUUAUCGUUUAUUAAACGUGUACUGUGUACUGAGCAGUCAUAUAAAAUUAUCUUGUUGCUUCUAACAACUCCAGGUUAGGUGGUCUUGUCCGUUGUAUACAUAGACACCAAUUCAAAGAGGCUAAAUGGUUAGUCUGAAGGCACCUAGCAUAUGGGUAUCAGCCUUCAAUAUCUACAUUGUAUCUAUUCCUUCACAUAACAUAGUUCACAAUAGAGAAGAACUAAAGUUAAUAAAGAAUUUUCAUCUCAAAUACUAGAGUCUGUGGAUUGGUAAGAGGCUGCUUGGAGCAGUGUGUGGAGAUGGAAACUUAGGUGUAAGAGUGCAAAGAUGAAUGAGUAACGUCUGCCUGUGGAGGGGUUGGUGUCAUAGGCCUAGUAUAUUUUUCAUUUGUGGCUUAAACUCUGCCUCCAGAAGUCUUGUUUUCUAAUUAACAGGUUUAAAUUUAUCCAACCUUCUUACUGAAAACAGAAAAUUUCUGUGGUAAAAUAUAACCUAAGACUGUUGGAAAUUACCACGUCUUGCCAUACAGAAGAGUUGGAGCAGUCUGUCGCAGACUCCAGUGGUACUUCUGACUGCUGCUCUGUGACCUUUGCUCUUUGAGGUUCCUGCUUCGGACUCUCUAGGUGAAUAGUGAGAAGGCAGGAGGUAGGUCAGAGCUGGGUUUCAUGGCUUCCCUCGUGCUAACUCCUGCUCCUCAACCUCUGGCUUAGACUCUGAGCACCUGGCCAUCCUAUCCAAACAUUGUUUGGCCAGGCAUGGUGGCACCUAUUUUUAAUCCCAGCACUAGAGAGGCUGAGGUAGGUCAGCCUGGGAUACAGUGAGUUCCAGGUCACCCUGGGCUAGAGUAAGACACUACUUCAUGGGAUGGGGGAGGGGGGGCAUACUUUGAAAUACUUUGAAAACUUGGACAACAAGCAGUGUGUUGAUGAGGGGUUUGUCUUACACAGUAUGGAGAGGAGGCUGGGAUCUAGAACAAAAUUAGGGAGCAAACAGGUAAUCUAUGCUGGACUUCACAGAGUCUCCUACAACUAUUUAUGUUAACCUAUUUAACCUACAGUUGAUAUCUGACAUUUUUAUGUCAUGCCUGGAGAUUUAUGUAGAAUGGACCUCACUUAUCUUUAAUUUAAACAUUUUGUGGUGAAUUGUUUGCCUUGUAUAGAACAUCUUAUCAGGCCAACUAAAAUUAAAAUAAAGUAUGCUUUGUUUGUGACAUUAAUAAACCUUGAAGAGUAUA